GGAAGAGCAGAAGGAAAACAUUAUUCCUACUCAGCGCUGGAAGACCACACUUCAUCAGCAAGGAGCCGAGCUGCUAACCCCGGCUUGGGACGCCAGACGGAGAAGAAGAUGUUUAUGAUGAAGGACGGAUAGAAAGAGGAAGAGAAGAUGUCGUUCUUCGGCCUGGAUUGUGUCAGGAAGAAAGAGCCCGAGCUGGAGAGGAAGCUCAGGGCCAACGACCGAGAGUACAACAUCUCCUUUAAAUAUGCAACGAACGCCAUCAAGACCUCCAAGUACAACUUCUUCACUUUCCUACCUCUCAACCUCUUCGAGCAGUUCCAGAGGAUCGCUAACGCCUACUUCCUGUUUCUGCUGGUGCUCCAGGUGAUUCCUGAGAUCUCGUCCCUGUCCUGGUUCACCACCGUGGUGCCUCUGGUCCUGGUGCUGUCCGUCACCGCCGCCAAGGACGCCACCGACGACAUUAAUCGCCACAGGAGUGACAAUCAAGUCAACAACCGGAAAGUCCAAGUCCUCAUCGAUGGCAAACUGCGCAGCGAGAAGUGGAUGAGCGUGCAGGUGGGCGACAUCAUCAAGCUGGAAAACAACCAGUUUGUCACCGCCGACCUCCUGCUGCUGUCCAGCAGUGAGCCACUCAACCUGGUCUACAUCGAGACGGCCGAGUUGGACGGCGAGACCAACCUGAAGGUGCGGCAGGCCCUGCCGGUGACGGGCGACCUCGGCGACGACGUCAACAAGCUGGCGGACUUCAACGGCGAGGUCCACUGCGAGCCCCCCAACAACCGCCUGGACCGCUUCACGGGGACGCUGAGCUCGGCGGGACAGAAGUACGCUCUGGACAACGAGAAGAUCCUGCUGCGAGGAUGCACCCUGAGGAACACCGACUGGUGCUUUGGACUGGUGCUCUUUGGAGGUCCGGAGACCAAGCUGAUGCAGAACUGCGGGAAGAGCACCUUUAAGAGGACCAGCGUGGACCGUCUGAUGAACGUCCUGGUCCUAUGUAUCUUUGGCUUCCUGGCCUUCAUGUGCAGCAUCCUGGCCGUCGGGAACUACUGCUGGGAGCUGGACGAGGGCUCCCCCUUCACGGCCUUCCUACCCAGGCAGAACGGCAGCGACGCCGCCUUCUCCUCCUUCCUCACCUUCUGGUCUUACGUCAUCAUCCUCAACACCGUGGUGCCCAUUUCGCUCUACGUCAGCGUGGAGAUCAUCCGCCUGGGCAACAGCUUCUACAUCGACUGGGACAGGAAGAUGUACCACGGCCGCAGCGACACGCCCGCCGAGGCGCGCACCACCACCUUGAACGAGGAGCUGGGCCAGAUCAAGUACGUCUUCAGCGACAAGACGGGCACGCUGACGCAGAACAUCAUGACCUUCAACAAGUGCUCCAUCCACGGCAAGACGUACGGUGACGUCUUCGACUACAAAGGGGAAAGACUAGAAAUUAAUGAGGACACCGAGACCGUGGACUUCUCCUUCAAUCCGCUGGCGGACCCUCGCUUCACCUUCCACGAUCACGCCCUGGUGGAAGCCGUCAAGCUGGAGACCCCCGAGGUCCACGCCUUCUUCCGGCUGCUCGCUCUCUGCCACACCGUCAUGGCGGGGGAGAAGAAAGAAGGGCAGCUGGUGUACCAGGCCCAGUCCCCUGACGAGGGCGCCCUCGUAACGGCCGCUCGAAACUUCGGAUUUGUCUUCCGCUCAAGGACGCCUGACAGUGUCUCCAUUGUGGAAAUGGGACAGCAGCGAACUUACCAGCUCUUGGCCAUCCUGGAUUUCAACAACGUCCGCAAGAGGAUGUCCGUCAUUGUGCGCAGCCCCGAGGGAAAGCUGUCCCUCUACUGCAAAGGCGCGGACACCAUGGUCUACGAGAGGCUGCACCGGUCCUGCAGCAAGAUGAUGGACGCCACCACGGAGCACCUCAACGAGUUUGCCGGGGAAGGCCUGCGGACCUUGGCCUUGGCCUACAAGGACCUGGACGAGGACUUUUUCGCCCAGUGGAAAGGGCGCCACCACGAGGCCAGCACCGCGCUGGACGACCGCGAGGGCAAGCUGGACCAGCUGUAUGAGGAGAUCGAGAAAGACCUGCUGUUGCUAGGGGCAACCGCCAUAGAAGACAAGCUGCAGGACGGAGUUCCUCAGACCAUCGAGCAGCUGUCCAAGGCAGACAUCAAGAUCUGGGUUCUGACCGGUGACAAGCAAGAAACAGCAGAAAACAUCGGUUACUCGUGCAACUUACUGCGUGAGGAGAUGAACGACGUCUUCGUCAUCUCGGGGAACUCGCCUGAGGACGUCAGGCAGGAGCUGCGAAACGCACGGACCGCCAUGAAACCGGAUGCCGCUGAAGAUUCUGUGUCUUCACAGCAAAGGAGCCUGGGUAAAAAGGCGAAGGCCAUCAUCACGGACGAGGUGGUGAACGGCGAGUACGGCCUGGUCAUCAACGGGCACAGUCUGGCGUACGCCUUGGAGCGCGGCAUGGAGCUGGACUUCCUGAGGACGGCGUGCAUGUGCAAGGCGGUCAUCUGCUGCCGCGUCACGCCCCUGCAGAAGGCGCAGGUGGUAGAGCUGGUCAAGACGUACAAGAAGGCCGUCACGCUGGCCAUCGGCGACGGCGCCAACGACGUCAGCAUGAUUAAAGUGGCCCACAUCGGCGUGGGCAUCUCCGGUCAGGAAGGAAUGCAGGCGGUGUUGUCCAGCGAUUACUCCUUCGCCCAGUUCCGCUUCCUGCAGCGCCUCCUGCUGGUACACGGCCGCUGGUCCUACCUGCGCAUGUGCAAGUUCCUGCGCUACUUCUUCUACAAGAACUUCACCUUCACCUUCGUCCACUUCUGGUACGCCUUCUUCUGCGGCUUCUCCGCCCAGACGGUGUAUGACGAGUGGUUCAUAACGCUCUUCAACCUGGUCUACACGGCGUUGCCUGUGCUGGGAAUGAGCCUCUUUGAUCAGGACGUGAACGACGCGUGGAGUUUCCAGCACCCUCAGCUGUACGUCCCCGGCCAGCAGAACCUCUACUUCAGCAAGACGGCCUUCUUCAAAUGCGCCCUGCACAGCUGCUACAGCUCCCUGGUGCUCUUCUUCAUCCCCUACGCCGCCGUCAGCGAGGCCAAGGACGUGGCCGACUACCAGUCCUUCGCCGUCCUCACGCAGACGUGCCUGCUGUUUGCCGUCACCAUCCAGCUGGUCUUGGAGAUGUCCUACUGGACGGCGGUGAACACCGUCUUUGUCCUGGGAAGCUUGGUCAUGUACUUUGCUGUCACCUUCACCAUGUACAGUGACGGACUGUUCCUAGUCCUGCCCUCAGCCUUCCCUUUCGUCGGCACGGCCAGGAAGUCGCUGAGUCAGCCCAACGUGUGGCUGACCAUCGUGCUCACCUCCGUGCUGUGCAUCCUUCCUGUGGUCACCUAUCGCUUCCUGUUGAUACAGCUCCGCCCCUCCAUCAACGACAAGGUGAUGUUCAAGGUCCGCCAGGCCAAAGCGACGCCGCCCCCGCCGCCUCGCCGUACCCGAAUCCGCCGCACCAGCUCCCGCCGCUCCGGCUACGCCUUCUCCCACGCUCAAGGCUACGGCGACCUGGUGACGUCGGGGCGCUUCCUGCGGCGCCCGGCCGUGUCGCGGCCCUCGGGUUUCUCGCACAUGGGACGCGCCGCCGCCGGCUUCAGCCCCAUGGGGCGCUCGGCCGGGUACAGCCCCACGGGGCGGGCGCAGCAGGGGAAGGCCCAGGAGGUGGAGGUGACCUCGCUGCAGAUGUACAGGACCAUCAGUGACGCCGCUCUCUGAUUGGUCAGGAGCCUUCAAAACAGGAAGUGUCGCCAUGUUUACAAACUUGGAAGCCAUGUUGCCUUCAUGUCCUCUUAAUAACUGUGGUUUUUUUACACAACUCAUAGCACUUCUAUUGAUUACUCAUAAGUGCAAAUAUUGAUCUUUAUAAUGUUUAGAAUGUGCUAGCAAAGCUUAGAUGGGGAUGUUCUUCACUCCUGCUUCAAUUCAGUUCUUUACCUAAACCGCGUGGAGGACAAUCAUUCUCAAAUCCUCCUGAAUACCAGCGUCCACUGCAGUGGACAUUUGUUUUUACGGCCUAUUUUUUAAAUACAUUUCAGCAAAAAAUGAUGGCGGGCCAAAAGGGACCAAAUUAAAAUGAAUAAAUUUUUCGAUAAUUAUUUAAAAAAAAAAAUUAAUUAAUUAAAAUUAAAUUUAAAUACUUACAUGUAGUAUUAAACCUGCUCAGUGGCCUAGUGGUUAGAGUGUCUGCCCUGAGAUCGUAGGUCGUGAGUUCAAACCCCGGCUGAGUCAUACCAAAGACUAUAAAAAUGGGACCCAUUACCUCCCUGCUUGGCACUCAGCAUCAAGGGUUGGAAUUGGGGGUUAAACCAUCAAAAAUGAUUCCCGGGCGUGGCCACCGCUGCUGCUCACUGCUCCCCUCACCUCCCAGAGGGUGAUGGAUCAAAUGCAGAGAAUAAUUUCGCCACAUCUAGUGUGUGUGACAAUCAUGGGUACUUUAACUUUAAAUAUGUCAUUAUUAUUAUUAUUUUUUUUUAUGACAUUUUAUUAUUUCACAAUUUAAUUAUUGAUUUCAUGAUUUCAUUAUUUAACAAUUCUAUUAAUUGUUAAAAUUGUAUUAAUUGAUAGAAUGUUAGCAUGCUAAUGUUAGCAUGCUAUUUUAGAAGUUAUCAUACUUCUAAGAUUGUGGCAAUUAUCAAAAUCCAUGAUUUUUAGGUUUCUACAAAUAAAACUAGCAAGAAUGCUAGCGUAAAAUUUUAGCAUGCUAAUGUUAGCAUGCUAUUAUAGAAGAAGUUAUUAUACUUCUAAAAUGGUGCCAAAUAUAGAAAUCCAUGAUUUUUAGGUUAAAAAUAUACAAACUUAGCUAUAUUGCUCGUAUAAAAAGAUUAGCAAGGAAGAGUUAGCAUAGGAAGAGUUAGCACAUGUUGGUAAGUAUCCAACCCAUUGGUUUGAGGUUCCACUGACUACAAUUUGCUUAAUUGCUAGCAUGACAACAUCGAAAACGUUGGCGGACUUUGGAGGUGGCGCCAAGAAUCAAAAGCCAUAAUUUUUCGGUUUGUAGGAAUAAAAUGUUGCUAAAAUGCUAACGUGAAAAAAGUUAGCAUCCUUUUAAGAUUCUGGCAAGUAUCGAAAGCCAUGAUAUUUAGGUUGAAACCAAUAGGAUUAGCGCAAAUGCUAGCAUGCUAACGUUAGCAUGCUGUCUUAAGACAAGUUAAGUGCUGCGUUGAAGUCAAUAUUUAAAGAAUGAUUGAGUUAUUCAAUUUUGUCCGAUUUAGUCAGUCUUUUAUCAUUUUUUUAAUGACGUUAUCAAAGUCAGUGGGCGGGUCCUCACACCUGAUUGGUCACUUCCGCUUGCCUGUCGAAGCCAGGGAGUAGAAGUGGUGAAUAUUGUGCGAUAAUAACAACUUCAAACACAAUUAUUUACUUCAUUUCAAUUGGAAUCCAUUAAUGAUGCAUUUAAGUACUUUUUAACGAUGUCACUAUUUAUUUAAUUUGGUCCCGUUAGGCCUGAAAACCUUUUAUGUUUGGUCUAUUUCUAAACAAAUGAAUAAUAAGUAGCCCUGUUAUGCAAAACACAAAUGUCCACUGCAGUGGACACUGGUUCUUCUGUAUAUUUUUUAAAUUCAAUAUAUUUUUUUACUGCUGCACAAAAUGAACCGUGCAUGAACAUCACCUUGUUCAAAGAACAAAACCAACACAGUGCAUGAACUCACAACAAAUUACUGUCAGGUUCAAACACCGAACUAUCUAUUACACAAGAAGAAGGAAUCAAGCAGAGACACAGUUGAAUUUUACUAAUGAGGAGAGACGUAUGGGGCUGUACACUCAGUUAGUUUCCCCCUACGCUCUAAGGUACAGCCCCACGUGCUCCUCUAUUUAUUCGGAAGGUCCCUAGUUAACGUCACUGAGGCUGCUUCUGAAGGGAGGGGUAAUGCAAGCAGCCCCAGUAGACACAAUACGAAAAUUAUUCAGAAUGGAAAUGCGCCGACACUCAUGAUUUCGCCCUGUCUCUGUUUUGUCUGCGUUGAGGUACUCGAUGUCAGUCCUUGGCUGUCAGCAGGCAGGGUCUGGAAACAAACUGCUGACACGAGACAACUAUCUGUGCCUUUGCGCAGAUAGAAAAGUUCAACUUCAGCACAAUUGAUAAUAACUAUAGCAACGGCCUUUAAGCAUAAGAGUUGUGUGAUAACUUGAUUAAUACAUAAUUAUUCUAACAUUUACACAUCUGCAAGUCAGAUGGAAAAUUAAAGGGAACAUUGGGGGUAUCCAUAAUACGCCGAUAGGGAGAAGUUUUUAUUUACACGAUGAGUCGGGUGUGUCUUGACCUUCGGCGAACCCCUGAGACCGACUCACCGAACCCCUAGGGUUCCAUCGAACCCAGGUUAAGAACCACUGUUUUAAAGGGACGAGAGAACUUCUGUCCGAAUGGGCCGAAAUCCUGUGUCCAGAUUGUAAGGCGCAGACUAACGAUGCAACAUACACUGUAUUGCCAAAAGUAUUUGGCCACCCAUCCAAAUGAUGAGAAUCAGGUGUCCUGUCAAUCAAUCAAUCAAUGUUUACUUAUAUAGCCCUAAAUCACGAGUGUCUCAAAGGGCUGCACAAGCCACAACGACAUCCUCGGCUCAGAUCCCACAUCAGGGCAAGGAAAAACUCAACCCAGUGGGACAAUGAGAAACCUUGGAGUGGACCGCAGAUGUGGGGGACCCCCCAGGGCGACCGGUGCAAUGGACGUCGAGUGGAUCUAUUGUGAGAGUCCAGUCCAUAGUGGAUCUAACAUAAUAGAGAGAGUCCAGUCCAUGGUGGAUCGAACAUAAUAGUGAGAGUCCAGUCCAUAGUGGAUCUAACAAAAUAGAGAGAGUCUAGUCCAUAGUGGAUCUAACAUAAUAGAGAGAGUCCAGUCCAUGGUGGAUCUAACAUAAUAGUGAGAGUCCAGUCCAUAGUGGAUCUAACAUAAUAGUGAGAGUCCAGUCCAUAGUGGAUCUAACAUAAUAGAGAGAGUCCAGUCCAUAGUGGAUCGAACAUAAUAGUGAGAGUCCAGUCCAUAGUGGAUCUAACAUAAUAGAGAGAGUCCAGUCCAUGGUGGAUCUAACAUAAUAGUGAGAGUCCAGUCCAUGUUGGAUCUAACAUAAUAGUGAGAGUCCAGUCCAUGGUGGAUCUAACAUAAUAGUGAGAGUCCAGUCCAUAGUGGAUCGAACAUAAUAGUGAGAGUCCAGUCCAUAGUGAAUCUAACAUAAUAGAGGGAGUCCAGUCCAUGGUGGAUCUAACAUAAUAGUGUGAGAGUCCAGUCCAUGUUGGAUCUAACAUAAUAGUGUGAGAGUCCAGUCCAUGGUGGAUCUAACAUAAUAGUGAGAGUCCAGUCCAUGGUGGAUCUUACAUAAUAGUGUGAGAGUCCAGUUCAUGGUGGAUCUAACAUAAUAG